AUGGGUCUUAUGUCACCGAGUAUAGCGGCUAGAAUGCGUUUGCAACGUUCACAAACCAAUGAUAUAUAUACCCUGUUCAGGGAUAUAAUAAGCGAUUGUGUACCGAGAGCACGACAAUAUAUAAUGGAAUGGGACAAAAGUUUUAAGUUAUUGCAAAUCUUGUUCUCAAUUUUUGGCGUAAUUUUUCUGGGAAUAUCAUUACUCUUUCCCGUCUACAUUUAUUAUACACACAAACGAUUAGACGACGAAAUUGAUCAUAUGCAAGAAAUUUUCAAAGCGGAGAAACGUAUGCAAGCUGCUGCUAAACGUAGUUUACUUAUGGCACGAGAAGAGUUGCGACAUUUGAAAGUGAAUAAUAUGGUGCAGUGCGAAGAACUUCAAACAUUCGACGGUACAUCAAGGUUGUUGCUGAAGGUGGCCUCGAAGCUGCAAUUACUUGAUAACAUUAUAAGCAAUAAAAUGCAAACUACCGGCCGUUUGUAUCGCUUGCAAGACCAAGAGCUCAAGUUGAAACAUGUUUUCAAGACCCAAGUAACAAAUAUUGCUUUACGUUUUCUUGGCAAAUAUCCACGCAAAUUGCAUUUGCUAGUCGUAUUCGAAAAAAGGGGUUGUACAAAUAAAUCCAUUUUCCGCAGUUCAUGGCAAAAGCAAGAUCGAGACGACUUGCUCAGUGUCACCAAAACUUACAAGAUUUUCGAAUUUUUGCCAAAAACAGGCUCUAGUGCUGUGUGA